GUUGCAAAUGCCAAUUGCCUGCAAUUCAAGGCAAUAUCGUCGGUGCGAAACUUAAAAAACUACCUAUUAUCAAAUUUACAAUUAUUAAAACUACUUCAUGACUUAUCAAUAACUUUUUAACAAUAAAACGAAGCGUGAGCGCGAGGCCGUUCAAUUAGUCAAAGUUAGUAGAAUGUGGGUAAGUGAGGUUAUGGCUGUUUAUCAGUUCGUAUAGAGGUGGAAAAAUUUAUUACAACAUAGGAUUUGGAAGUUUAGUUUCUCCAAUUAAAGAUACUAAAAAGAGUGUGUCAGUUUGAAUUUACAAGAUACUGCUCUCAGAACAUGAGCGCGAAGAGAAUAGCCGUGUGUCAGAUGACCGCGGUGGCCGACAAGGCCGCUAAUUUGCAAGUAGUCAGUCAGUUAAUUAGUGAUGCGGCUAAGGAGGAUGUGCAGAUGCUCUUUUUCCCCGAAGCGUGUGACUAUAUCUGUGACAACAAGAAGGAUGUUGUCGCCCAGGCAGAGCCUGUAAACACUGGGUACACAGUGGGCAGGUACAGAGAGUUGGCUGCUAAGCAUAAUGUUUGGUUGUCUAUGGGAGGAGUUCAUGAAAAGGACGAUAAAAACCCAACGAAAAUGUUCAACACUCACAUAAUAAUAGACAACAAAGGCGACAUAGUUCAAACAUACAGGAAACUCCAUCUCUUCGACGUGGAGAUACCGGAGAAGGGAGUGAGACUGAAGGAGAGUGACUUCUGUCAGCCGGGGGAGCAUAUCGUCACACCUGUUGAUACGCCAGCGGGGCGGGUUGGUAUGGCGAUAUGUUACGACAUGCGUUUCCCUGAAAUGGGGACGUCCCUCAGCGUGAUGGGGGCGGAUAUACUGACGUACCCCUCCGCCUUCACAUAUGCCACGGGGAUGGCUCACUGGCAUACAUUGCUCAGGGCACGAGCUAUUGAAAACCAGUGUUACGUCGUCGCGGCGGCACAGACGGGCCAACAUAAUGCCAAGAGGCGUUCUUACGGGCACGCGUUAUGCGUGGACCCCUGGGGAGUGGUCCUGGCCGACUGCGAGGACCACUCGGGGUACAAAGUGGUUGAGAUAUCACCUGAUACUAUAGCCACUGUCAGGAGGGACAUGCCCGUGUUUAGUCACAGGCGUCGAGACGUGUACUCCCUGUACACUCUCAGCCUGCGCAAGAGUCAGCUGUGGGAGCCCCCAAGCCCCUCCCCCCCGGCGUCCCCCCCUGCCCCCUCCCCCCCGGCCGCCGCCCCCCCGGCCAACACGUUCGGCCACGUGCGCGUGCCCGACACCUGCGUGUUCUACAAGUCCUCGCUCAGUUACGCUUUUGUAAAUCUGAGAUGCGUGAUCCCCGGCCACGUGUUGGUGGCCCCGCUGCGCCCCGCCGAGAGGAACAACGACCUGACCGAGGAGGAAGCGGACGAUUUCUACAAGACCAUACGAUUAGUGCAAAAGCUCAUGGAAAAGGUACACGAUACUCAAUCGUGUACGGUGACCAUACAAGACGGGCCGGACGCGGGACAAACUGUUAAGCAUCUCCAUUGCCACAUAAUGCCUCGCAGAAAGGGGGAUUUCAUUCAGAACGACCUCAUAUAUUUGGAACUCGCCAAACACGACCAAUGGCGCGGCGGAGGCCCGAGCAAGCCGGCGAGAACCCUGGAGGAAAUGGAAGCCGAGGCCGCCAUGCUGAGGAAGGAACUGAAGGAAAUGAUGAGGAAGGAUGCCAUGGCCAGCUAGUGUUGUAAUGCUGCUUUUAUACUGUCUCAAAAUAAUUGAUUUAUAGACCAACUAGCUUCACCCGUGCGAAACUAGCGCCACUUACGAAACACUACUACUACUUAAUAUUAUAAAUGCGAAAGUUUGUGAGUAUUUCAGGAUGUCAGUAUGGAUGUUUGUUACUCUUUCACGCAAAAACUAUUGAACCGAUAACGAUGAAAUUUGGUAUGUGCGUAGCUGAAGAUCCGGAAUAACAUAUAGGCAUUUUUAUUCCAGAGUUCCCGCGGGCUUGAUAAGGUUUUUCAUGCGGACGAAGUCGCGGGCGGCCUCUAGUAUACCAAUAAAUACGUAAUUUAUUUGUACGGGUAAUCUACUGAACCAAUUUUCUUGAAAUUACGCGUAUAUAUAAUUAAAAGUCUGGAGAACGAUAAAGGGUACUUUUCAUCCUGGUAAAAACUAAAGUUUUUUGAGCGGGAUUUGCGAAAAACCUAUAUUCUUUUGUAGGUGUCGCUAAAUUCUCGCGAGACGAAGCGGGUAAAAGCUAAUACAUCUCCUCUACGGAUUGGGGGUAAAAAAAUUGAAAAAUUGAAAAGGGAAGAACAAUGAAAUCUGUUUAAAAAUGAAUAAAACGUCAUGACGUGUCUGCUAACACCAUUCGUAGGGAUCGAUGGACCGACAGGAGUGUGGUAUUAUAUUUUUGUAUAUCUAAUAAUAUUUAUUUAUGUUGUGUAAAAUAUUGUGAUAUUGAAAUAAAAAUAAUUAUUUGACAAGUAA